AUGCAUAGAGAUAGCAGAGCGGAAGGCAAGAAGCAGAAAGCGUUUGAGGGUAAUUGCGCACUGCACAGGUAUAUAGUAAGAAACUUAGUUUAACCUCCCUUAAUUUCGUCUGACCAGCGGGAACAAACUAAAAAAAUGUGUCCAUGCAAAGUAGUUUGAUGUCUAAAUAUGUGUACGUAAGUUCCAAAGGGAGGCUACUGAGCAGUGGUUCUACUUUGUUGUGCAAUAUGGUGGAAACUUUGAGUGUGUGGACAAAAUCAAUAUCUGUGAUCAUUUUUACGGCAGCUUCUGAGACGGAUCCCGUCAGUUUCCGCAACUGACUAGUUCCCCGCAGCACUAAGUUUCAUGCAGUUCAGAGGGUUCUUUCGUCGUUUGAUUCUGUGAAUGAUAACGUGCAGCCUCUUCAAAUGAAAGCCACUGAGCAUAACUUUCCUUUGUUACAGUUUAUUAUGUAAUAUGCAAGGUGGCUUUGAUCAAAAUUAAAAAUUUAGGCAAAGCUCUAAUCAGGCCAUGCUGUGGCGCUCAGUGUUAAGGCAAGUUAAAGUUCUAAAUUUUCAUUCGUGGAUGAAAUUUCCAACGUAUGACCAUUUGAACUCUUGGUGCAUAAACUCUUUAAUAACAGCCUUUCCGGUUAUGCUAUUUGUUUUUCGAUAAAUACGAAACGAGCUACAUUUUCCAAUAUCCUUCUCCACCUUUGAACCUAGUCGGCCCCUUUACGAAAGAGCUGGAGAUCAUGCAUCAGACAUAUUAACAUAUAUUUAUUGCGCACUGAAACUCAGUGUAGUGCAGAUAAAGUAGUUCACCUGGAACUAGUUAACUAGUUAGGACAGCUGAAACACAGUUAGGACACGCUUAAACGACGUCAACAUGAUUGUAUAAGAUAUCGGAGAAUAGCGAAAUGCUCCGCUGUACAUGCUAAGUUGAGCUACAUCUUAGCUUUUUGGUGCAUGUUUUAGGCUCCCUCAGCAAACUACUUGGCAACGUGAGACAAGAAAUCCCGGUGUGAUGGUAAAAUGAACACACGUCAAGUAAUUUUUAGAACUUUUUUAACACAUUGUGUUCACCCGGAAGAUUCUCUCAAGCGUGAGCCGUGAACAAUACUGACGAUUGAUUUUCUGUCCCCUGAAAUUUUCAAAACCGAUUUAACGACAGAACUACUCAAUAUUUAAACAACCCGUUGUUUGAAAAGGCUAAAUUUACUUGCCUCUCUUCCAAAUUUAUUCAUUCCUCUUAAAAUAGUGGUGGACAUAAUAUAAGAGACCUCCAUUCCUUGAAGACCCUGAAUAUACAGCUGUUAACCACUUAAAUCAGACAAGUUAAACAAAAUUUUUAACUCUAUUAUUAAAAUGAAAUCUAGGGUUCAGUUUUAUCAACAUACGUGUCCAAAUGUUUGAAUAAAUAAGUAAAUAAAGAACAGAUCGAGCUAGUUGUCUGCAAACGAAUUAAAAAAAACCAUUAUGAAAAACCAACACUUUUCGAUCCCUUGGGUUUCUUGUUCCAGUUGGUGAAACGAGGACAAAAUGGGGUAAUUGUUCAAUUUAGUCAUUUAACUGAAAAAGAAAUGUGUCCCAAGGAAAUUAUGUUUUAUGUUAAUUAUAAUGGAUUGAAAUAAAUGAAGCCCUAUUUUACACAAAAAGAAUUCUAAACAGAAUUAAAGUGAGGUAAAUUGUGGUUCAGUAUUCUUUGAUGGAAGGUCAAUAUUUUAACCACGACAAUGAAGAAAUGCUUUACGUCAGUUUUCUAUUCCAGGUUUAUUAAUUGCUGAGGGCAACUGAAAAGCGCUAUUACAGAACGUUCAGCGCACAUUAAUUGGGGACAGCAUGGCAGAAGGUAAGUUUUAAAACAUCAUUUGUAAUAGAUAUCCAUGAUUAAUCGACUGGCUUUAACAAAAUUUGAGCGUUUAUUGAGUUCCAAACUCUUUAUAGUACUUACUAGGUUUUAUUUUGUUAUUUUGACAAACCUUUUGAGGACUCAUAUGCUUGUCAGCUAUGUAUAUAUAUGUGAGUCAGCUAACGAGUUCUAAAUAGAAGGAUAGUUCGUUUACCUGAUAAAUCUUAAAUGUGGGGUCAUCUAUAAAAUAAAUAAUAAUAGUUUUGAACGUUAAAUUGAAAACUGCUACUACAUUAGUAGGACAAUAAUAAAACUUAUCACUUAUGUAAAAAUAAAACUGGUAUACGCAUGAUAGUUCUAAAAUCAAUAUUCAAAGUAUAAGUAAAGGCGGAGACUGUAUCAAAUACAUAGUUACGUUUAAUCAAAAGCCAUCUUUAGCCGAGCUCUCAAUCAGUCCUUACUAUUCAAUAACUGAGGACAAUCUCAAUAAAUGUCACAAUUACAAAGAUUUUGCAGAGUUUUUGGUAAGUCUGUGAAUUUUUCAGUCUUCUCACUUAAUCCCGCGUGUAAAAGUUACACGGACUACUCAUAGCCAUCCUAUGUAAAUAUAUUUAAAUACAAAGAAACUUUAUUAAAGGUCUGCAAAAAUAAUGUUAUAGACAUUUUGUUUUCCCUCUGAGAAUGAGCGGAAGAUUUGCACGCUUAGAAAAAGUCCAUAAAUACGUUUUACUAUCUCUGUAAAAGACCCAGUUUUUCAGUUGUAAAAACCCCUAUCUUCAUGGAUCCAAUAAUGUUCCUCGGAACCUCUACGUGCGAGCGACCCCCUUCCUUUGUUUAGUAUUGAAUCCUGCUUAGUUCCAAUAACCAAACGAAUUUAAAAAGACCUAAAACAUACAUACUCUUGCAAUUCAUGUUCACUUAAUUUUGCACCGGCCGACAGGUAAGUUAAACUCGCCACAUCAUGAUUGAUUGGAGACAACCUUGAAACGACAAGACGAAUUUUUUCUUUCUGCCCUCACUCAAGAUCGUUGUAAAACCUGUUUCAGAUAAAUAAUACUACUACUAUAUCACUGAGAUAAAUUGAAAUAUUGACUGCCCCGGGCAUCAAGCAAGUGAUCUCGAUAACGAACGAGCGACAUUUUCAGUGAAUUCAUGAUUUAUAAAUUUAGUAUCUUUUUCUGGUGAAGCAUGAAGUGUGUUAAACACAUUAUUUAAAAUACGUUUUCUUUCAAACAAAACGAAAACUGUAUUUCUUAGUUUUGAAACUGGAAAUUUAGGGUAUGAUGGAGAAGUGACGAGAGCAUUUACGCCGCCGCGAAUAAUCGAGACUCGUUGUCGACUUCAUAGUACGUAGGUUCUAAUGAGUGUUGGUGUUGGUUCUCUAUUCUGAUCUGAGAGGCAGUUUUUCUCCGGGAGCUCCGAUUUCCUCCUCUCACAAAAGCCAACCUUCUUAAAAUUCCGUCCCCAGUUAGUUGGGCCGGACAUCUAGAAGGACAAGGGUUUGCGUCACCCUCUAACGUUAGUUUGGUUUAGUUUGGCUUGGUCUUGACAUGGAAGUCUUCGCUGUUAGUAUAUCCAAAUCCAAGGGAAAGAUUAGAAGCCUUCAUCGUUUUACUAUUUCAAUGUAGCCACUUAAUUUUUCGGCUGUAUGUGCAACAAUAUUUACUAAAUGCAAAAUGUCUGUAGCUUUUGCCGCCGAAACUAUGGAUGAAAGCUUGUAAAUCUCUUUUAAGUCAUUCACCUCUGGACCACUUUAUCCAAAUGCAGAAAAAUUAUUUAUUUUACGAUUGAAUCAGCGAGCUGACAGCGAUGAAGCAAAUUGUGUUGGUUCUGAUCACGACUGGCUACUCGAGCGGUAUUUCCCGCCUUGGUCGCGCAAGAAAAAGUUUUUUCUUUGGCCAUACAACAAAAUGGUUUAUAUUGACCGGAGCUUGUUCGGUCAAGGUGGCUGAAUAUUGGCCUGGUUCUUUUUUGCGCUUUUAAUGACCUCAUCUCGAAGAAUCUUUCACCAAUUUAAGCCCUCUUUUGUAAUCUUUGUUAUCAGAGACUGAUGGAAAUUCUGAAGAGUGUUUUGUAUUGACGUUAUUCCCCUGGAAUGAGUACACAAAAACACUGUUACAAACACUGUGAUCUAUCGAGAUUUUGGACCACUGGACCACUGGUCGACACUAUAUAAUCUGAAAAUCAAUAAAAGUACCACUGCUGCUUCUACUUCUACUACUACUCAUAAAAACAACAACAAAUUUAAUAACAAAAAUAAUAAUCAUAAUAAUCAUAACAAGAAACAACUUAAAUGAACAUUGAGGUUAUAGUGUAAACGCCUAACAGCAAGGCUGUAAAAACAGCGCCCCUCCGCACAUGCAAAAACUAAAUUUAGUUUCAAUUAACAAGUUGCAACUAUUCAAAACACAAUCUUCAAAAAUGAUAAGUCAGUCAUAACACUUACUUAACUACUUAAAGUAACUAAUCUCUGAAAAUUUAGGCUGAUAAAAAUAAGACAACUUGUAUUUACAAACAAGACUUCAAAGGAGUCAAUCUGUAUCAAUAUCAUGCGCUAAUCACCGAGUCAGAUGUCACAUGCACAGUACCGAUGUUUUGAUAGAGUAACCUCUUAUACAAGCAAUGUCUAGAGUUAAUCCCAUUUGUUCGUAUUCCUAAAAAUCACAAUAACAAUAAGAUUUUCAUUAUGACAAAGCAAAAUUCGAACUGUUCCGGCGGAAGGAAAUCUUUUAUCUUUUUAUUUUCAACCGUGAAAUCCCAAUUUGGUAAGAAAGGAAAUAUUCGCCGACAAAUAGGUUAUUUUUUUUUCUUUUAAGGGUUCGUGUCAGUUCUUUUAAUUAGUAAUAUAAGAGGACCCUGGCCCCGGGGUACUCUCUACUACAGCCUCUACGGAGACCCGAAAGAGCUACCUUUUUUAGGCUUCGGGUAUAUGAAACGGUAGGAUUUCCACUAAUUGAAGUGUAUAAAAAGAUAGGGAAAUCUGUCAUUUUGGAAUGUAAUAAGUACACUAAGGCCUAAAAGGGCAGUCAAUUAGAGCUACGCGCCACUUGUUGGGAGUGUUAUCAGAAACGUGACUUUGCUGCAGCGUCCAUUAACCCUUGCCCUACUUCUCUUAAUUUUUUGGGAAUAUAGAAUUUAAUCUAAUGAACACUUAAGUUAAGCAGUUAAGUGCAUGACUGCCCAUUGGCCAAUUCAUUUUUAAGGGCCUCCCUAAACGAGCUGAAGGAAAAGCGACCAAGCUACAUGCAAGUAUAGCCUUGCCUCCCACUAAUUGGAUUAAACUAUUAGUAGAUGAGAAAACAUAAAAAUGCAAUGGUUAUUUUGUUUUGUAAGAUAAAGUAAUCUGCAUAAAAUUAAACAAAAUCUUUUUUUUUUUAACUUAUGAAGACGGUAUUUCCAACAAACUUUGAGUUGUCAAUAAAUCCACUGUCUGGGAAGAAUCUCUCGCUAAAUGAAUGUUAUGAACAUGUCAACGUGGAAAAAGUUAAUAAAAUGGGCCAUAAUAAGUAUGUCUAGCAAAUAGUCAUAUUUAGUAGUUUUCGCGUGAUUUUCUUCAUAAAUCCCGGACAGGAUGCUUCCUUAUUAGGGGUACAUAAUAGUCUAUCGAAAAGGAUAUCAAGAUUAUCAUAGGCAAUACUAAAGGGCGUGCAUGCAACAUUCUGAUAAUUCUAUCAGUUUCUAAAUAUUCCUUUUUGGUUGUUUUCACGUGGAUGAUUGCUUAUUAUAACAUUUGAAAUUAGAGUACCCAAAGCUUGCCUUGGGCCUCCUUCAAUUGGGAUCGACUCGAAGUUUCAAAUCAUGUUUGGCUAUUGGGUCGCGAUCAUAGAAAAUUGAAAAUUGAAAUCCAAAGAAUUUCAGAAAAACCUUUUUAAGUCCUCCUGUUACUAAACCUUGGCUGAAGUGGCAUUAAAGCAGGUUAAAAACGUAAGUCGGCUCCUUUCUUUCUGAGAAUUAUUUUUCUUGGUUGUCUGAAAGCAAAAGUGCGCAUGGGCAGAUGAAAUGAAACACUUUGUUUUGAAGAUAGGUCAGUAAUAAGAAAAUAUAUUUCCCUCUUAAAAUGAGUAGAAUUAAAUGAUAUUUUUAGCUGUGAAAAUAGAUAGAGAAUACAGAAUACUUUGUUUUAAAAUUAGUAGUCUGAUGGACACUUUUUAAUUUUGAAAAUGGGAAGAGGAAAAAUAUACACUUAGUAAUGUCAGAUCCCGUGGGAAACAGUUAGUUUUGUUUUCCUGAGUUCUGAUAACGAAGACGAAGUCGUGGGAAACAUCAGGACUCGAGGGAAAACAAAACUAACUGGUUUCCCGAAGGACCUGACAUUAAAUGUUUUGUUAUAUUUCUAGACUUUCACUUCAACGUACUUCAGUAGCAACAAAAGAAUAUGCUUAAGCGGAGCGCAUCAAAACAGUCGACUCGGUACUUAUAAGAACACAAAUUUAAUUCUGAAAACCACUAAAUGAAUGAUUUACAAAGUACUUUCCUUAUAUUAUCUGCAUUUUUUUUAUGCACAAGCUGCUGUUUCUCUUCUGCGAUAACUUUGAAAAUCGACGCUUUUUUAUAGCUUGAGGCUUCAUGUUUGUGUUGAUGUUCAUUCACGAAAAAGAAAACUGGCAGUUUUUUUCCCCGCCUUCUGUCACGCCACUUUCCACCAUGCUUUGAUCAUGUGCUGUAAUGUAUCCCGAGCGUGGUACAUUGCUUCGGUAUCACGACGGGAUACAUUUGCUUUUAGUCAAGGCCAUGUGACCAAGAGUCAGCCAAUGGCUGUCCCCGUUUAGUUGAGUGAAAGUCUAGGAAUAUAAUUUUGCUCUCACAUCUGGUCAGAGGAAAAUGCCGUUUACUUUGAAAGCCGGUGGAAAAAUAAAAGGUAGCCGAAUAUUGACGAAUGUUAUCUUCUCGUGUUGAAAGAAUCUAAAUACAAGAACUAAGAUAAAAUACGUAUCUUUUAGACGGCAUGUAGGUCGGUAAAGAAAAUAUAUUACCUUCUUAAAAUGAGUAGAAUUAAAUGAUAUAUUUAGCUGUGAAAAUGGAUAGAGGAUAUACAGAAUAUUUUGUUUACAAAUGAGUAGUGUGAGGGACACUUUUUAAUUCUGAAAAUGGGUGGAGGAAUGACAUAUUUUGCUCGAAAAAGUCUGGUUAGAGAAAAACACCUUUUACUUUGAAAACCGAUGGAGAUAUUACUUAGCCGUGACGAAUGUUAUCUUCUCCUGUUGAUAAUAUUUAAACACAAGAACACAAAAUAGGUAUCUAUGAGCGGACAUGUAAUGUUCUGUUUACUAUGUUCAUCGUGAUAAACACAAUUCUCGGGUAAAAAAGAGGCUUAUCUCGCAGUUUUAGUUCUUUCAAAUCAGUUCAAAUGUGGUUAAAGAACAUCACAAACAAAUUAGCAGCGCAUAUACACAGUAAACGCCGUUUAGCCCGGAAUGUAUAGUCUUGAAUUAUUUAACAAAAAUGACAAUAAUCAGAUUUUACAAUACAUACAAUGUAUGAAGAGAGGUCAAAUUUAGUCUCAAUGUGUUUUUGAGAUGUGAAAUAAAAGUUGGAUGUUUUAUAAACGCAAUUCAUCACAAGGGUUCUGAAUGACAAACGUUCAGUUAACGCACAUGCAGUAAACACUUGAAUCAGUUAUGAAACAGAGAGGAUCAAGAUUCCCAACCAAUAUGUCCGAUAUAAAUUGAAUAUUUUCGGUUAGGAUGUACAGAUAUGCUUGGUACCCCACCUUUAUUUUGUUCGUUGCUAUGAAGAUCACUGUUUUCGAUGGCUCGUCGAAGCCAUUAAGUAGUUGCCUGUUAGGGACUUUCCACUGAAUGAUUUUCGCAGGAGCUAAAUUGAUCUUGAAAACGCCUUUACGUAUGCAGUUUCCCCAAAACAAAGCUCACAAUCUAUUUUCAUUGAAGUAGCUGGGAGGUCCACAGCACAUGAAGUGGAAGAAUUACAAGCGAUAUUCAUCUUGGCAGGCGAAGGAGAGGCUGUAGUUAAGUCAUUGUGCUUGUACUGUCUAAUGGUUGAGGCACGGCUUUGACGAUUAGUUUUGGAGAUAGAAUGGCUUAACUGCUUUCCGUCCGUUUCUCUCUGAGCAAACUGUAUGUAUUCACCGAUUAGAAGUAUUUAUAUUCGGUUGUUUGAGCAAUCUGAUUGUCUUGCACUGCUUUUAACUAACGUUUUGGCUUGCAAUACGGUUCCUUUUGCCUUGUACUUCUCGCCGCUUUGGUCAAUUCAGUCUUGCAUUAUGGUGUUCAAAGAGUUUAUAUAUCCCCAUAACUUGAGCUUUGAACCAAUCAGUGUCCCUUUCAUGUCGGCUUGACAUUGUGUUUCAAAGUUAUUUACAAUAUGAAAAGAGGAAUCCGGACCUGCCAUGAUGGCCGCCGUUCCUUCCUGAAGCCUAGACGUUAAUUGUAGUGGGUCGUCAUCAGAAGUUGAAGCACUUUGGCGGCUUACUGAUGCUGUCGCUGAUUUAUAGGACCUUCUCCUGUUCUGGUGGUCGUUUUUGUUGGCGUUCAAAGUACCCAAGAUAUUAUUUGCCGUAGAUGUCUAUUUUAAGAACAACGUCUUCCCCCGAAGUUCUAUUUGUUCUUUACGUCCUCGCACAGGCCAAGAUCAUGUGUUAAGCGAAUAUUCGAAUAUUCGAACAACAUUCAGCAAGCGGAAAAACUUACUCCAAGUGACUGUUUGUCAAAUUAGAAGUAGAGCCAUCUCCUCGCCAGUAAAAGCUGCUGUGGUUCUUGGUCUGUUUCUAUAUCUGUGAUGCUUGAUUUCAUUUUGUCUGGCUUUCAAUACGUCCAACUUGUGGUAUUCUAAAACUUUGUCCUGUAUUAAGAUGCAGUUGCCGCAACCGGCGCGAAGUGGCGUUCACUGCGUUUAUUCCACGCGGAGAUGAUGGCUCGUCUGAUCUAGCUAUUUCUUGUCUUGAUUCUUGCGUCCAAAAUAAAAUAACUCAGGUAAUCUUCGAGUUCAUCAGUUGAGGGUAGUUUUCUCGAUUUUUCCAAUUGACUAACUCAAAUUGUCCAAGCACGUCUUCUUCGUCUACGCGUUCGCAUUCUCCUCCCCUAGCCUGCAAUUGACUUUUUAACAUCAUUUUUCAGCGACAGUUAGAAAUCUUCCUCUUUAUUCUGUAACUUUUCUUUCAGGGAAACCACUAAAAUUAAAAUUCGGUAAUUUAUCGGAAAUGCCGCCCUUUAAGAUUUUUGCUAACUUCAGCUAUUUUAGUUAAAAAACAACGGCCACGCCGCGAGCACGAAGAUAAAGAUCUAUUGUGAUUGGCUUAUUUGACGGUUUCGAUGGCUACCCGAUAACUUCACAUGUUUAAGAUAAAAAUGGCACGUGUUUUGGGGGGAAGUGAAGUAAACACGUUUUAGGAACGGCAGAAAUUUUUGGUGUUUCAUCGUGAUUUAUAAUAAAACAUUAAAAAGGCAUUCCCUGACCAUGGCUAUAAUAUCUACAUAUGAUUUUGUUCUGCCCGGCCUAAUGAUGGAGAAACGGCAUAUUUUUGUUUUUAAAGGCGUAAGUAGAUUAAACGACGCAACUGUUUUUCUUUCUGAAAAUAAUAGGGAGUACAAAAUUUUGACAGGCUAAGUAUUUCAAAGGACGGACCGCACAUUUAACCAGAUGAUACCAGAAUUGUAUAAAGACUAAUGGAUAGGUUAAGCCAAAGUUAAAGUAUCAGGGGCACCCAACAAGAAUAUAGUUCAAAACCACUUAAACAUAGCAUUGUUAAACGGUGGGUAUAGGUAUAUUUUUAUCCCCUAAAAAUUCUUCACCUGUUCGGAUUUCAAACUGAUAGUCUAGGGAUCCGAAAAUUAUAGGGAUCAAAACUUACCUUUUCGAAAAUCUCAGUCAGAAAAAAGGCUCCCGAAAAUUCUUGGUGACCUUUUUAGGGUAAAAAUCCGUUAAAAAUGGGUAAUUAUACCUUUUUUUAGAUGUUCGAAAAUUCUAGGAGAGGCAGGCAAGCAAGAAAUCUUGCAAAGAAUGUUCCGAAAAUUCUAGAACUCAAAUCACGGUCUUCCGAACAGAUAUUUUCCAAAAAUUGACGUUGGGUGCCCCUGACCUUAUAAACUUUAAGCGAAAAUUUGUUUAAAACAGCUUUAUUUUAGCAUCUUUUACGUAUGCAAGCUUCAUCUAUGCAUGGAUUCGAAGACAUUACAGUUAUUAAAUAUUGCAAACACUGGCUAAAUAAGUCAAUAAAGAAGUAAAUAAUUAUAUUAUAAACAAAAAUACUGCUCUAUUAAAACUGGACGACCAAACAGCAUAAUCUAAAUGGAUUAACAAUUCAAAAGGCAUUGUGCAUAUGCCAGUGAAUACACGAAUUUUAUCACGUCUAAGGCGACCUCUGUACCUAGUAAAAUACAUCUUAGUGAAAAGACAAGAGCAAGUGAAAGUAUGCUGAGUACUAUUUUGUUUUGUUUUUUUUUUCUGUUUAAAACACUCAUAGCAAGGGUUUUAUUAAAUUUAUUAUUUGUAUUUGUAUUUAAUAUUUACUCCGUCCCAUAGAUAAUACAUUAGUUGUACAAUAUUAAUUAGUACAAGGUUGUUUAAACUACGUGUACAUAAGAAAAAAAGAAAAAAAAUUAGAAUGGAGAGGAGCACAUUAUAGUAAAACUUAUUAUGGCCCUUUAACAAGAUUGACUUUAUUCUAUUAUAGCUUUGUUAUUCAUUAAAACACAAACACGCACGCACGCACACACACACGUACACAGACAAAAAAGGCAACAAAUAACACUAGACUAGCCAGCUUAAAAAGAGGGCGGGCAUCAUCAUCGCUGCCUGCUGACCGCCGUAUUAUUAAUAUGUUUAUGGUCGAAUUUUUGAACUUGAUAAGAUAUUGCCUAAACUGUCAUUUUUUAUUUUCUUAAACAGAAUCAACAGAACACACCACGCCCAGGCAAAGACAGAAAACAAGUCGAAUCAACAACACGCUGCAUCUAUGGGAAUUUUUAUUCGAGCUUCUUGAAGACGAGAGGUACACGGCGCUAAUAGCAUGGACAAGGAAAGAAAAGGGCGAGUUCAAAAUCAAAAGACAAGAGGACGUGGCUAGAAAAUGGGGGAGGUUAAAGCAACGAACCAGCAUGAACUACGAUAAAUUGAGUCGAGCGCUGAGAUAUUACUAUCACAAAGGGAUUAUUAAAAAGGUGACUUACUUUCAAGAAUCUUUAUCAUAAAACAAUGUUCCUUAAAGUUCUUUUAACACCGAGAAUUUCCCUUAUCUAGAAGUCUUUUGAUUUUUCUCAAGUUUCCAACAGAUGUUUUCCACCAUUUAUUUAAAAAAAGCGCGAUUUUCUAGUGCCUUCCUUUGUAGUUAAUCAUAUUGAAUAAUUACGUAUUUAAAUAAUUCAUUGCGAUAGAUUAGUAAACUUAAAACCCAAUUUUUGGACUUUUUAUAUUAGCUCUAAUUAACCCUUUAAACCCUACGACCAAAAUUUGAAUUCUCAUUUCUUACCCUACUCAUUUCCUACAAUAUAGUAGUGGGGAGAAGUUGAUAAUAUCAAGCAAAUUCAUCUUGUGUGAUCAUGUCGAUCCGUAAUUCUCAUGACCACUCUGUUUUACAAAGCAUUGAUAUCUCAAGGAGAAAUUUGAUGCUGAUCACUCUUAGGGCUUAAGGGGUUAAGUUCACGUAGGGCUGGAAUAGUAGAUCAGCUAUUGCAAGGAAUUUCUUGCCUAGAUUCCUUGAGUCCUUGAUAAGUGCCAAUCGACUCUCAAGUGUGAUGUCGAAUGUCAGUUUGUUAGCUUGCCUUACUUCCCCCACAAACUAUUUUUCAAACUAUUUUAUUUUUAGGUUCCUGGCCAAAGACUUGUUUAUAAGUUCGACAAGCUGCCUUAUUCGUACAAACCAAUUAGGUAUAACUGGCCUUGGAACCCCCCCGGCGAAGAUGACGACAUCAAGCCAGAUAGGCAAGUCCUUGACACGUCCCCUGCUACUAAGGCAGCAAGUUGGCCCCUUUUUCUGGAAUGGAAUGAUCUGGAAAAGCACGUCAAACGAGAAAAGCUUGAUAUCGUCACAUCUCCAGCUUACAAGAAAACGUUUUGUCCAAUGACGCCUACAUGGGAAGUUGCUGAGGCAGACGGGGAUGUCAAACCUGUUAAACAGGUUCCAUCACCUCCUGUACACUUUACAGAGAAUACCCCCAAGGUGCCUUCACACGCAUUGUUUCGAGAAAAACAAGAUGACAAACUAGCUAGACAGAAAAAAAUUCCCCCGCUGGUUUCCAUAAAACCGCACUUACAUACAAUGCCAACGUGGAAGAAUGCUAAAAGAGACCAAAGCUUCAAACCAGUUGCUAAACAGGGCAAAAUACCACCUUUAAUUCCAGUUAAAACCCAUUCGCCGGCGUUACCUAGGAAUAGGGUGCCCAUUUCUCUGCAAUGCCAUCACAGAAAUCGUGAUUACGAAUUUAGUCACUUCGGUUAUCCUUCCCAGCAUCCUUCGCAAGGGGUAUGCCGCAGUCAGAUUAUUUUCCCGCCUUGCAGUUGUAGUUGCAUGAGAUCAAUGGCGUGUGGUAUGUACCUGGUUCCGGAUGUGCCACCGCAAGUGCCAGCAAACGUUCUAAUGAGAUUUGCAUAG